UGCCCGGGGAGCGGAGCGUGGGCUGCAGCGAAGCGGAGCGAAUCCGGAUUGAGCGGGAGAAGGGCUCCAGGACGCAUGAGAUCCGGGACGCUGUCCACCCGCCGGCCCCCGCGCUGAGCUGAGCCCUGCCCGUGGCUCUCCCAGCCGGAGCCCGAGCCCAGGAUGGUGUGGGAUGAGCGGGUGGCUGCCCUGUUUCGGAGGAACCUGCAGCCCACUCUCACCUACUGGAGCGUCUUCUUCAGCUUCGGGCUCUGCAUCGCCUUCCUGGGGCCCACCCUGCUGGACCUGCGCUGCCAGACCCAGAGCUCGCUCUCCCAGAUCACCUGGGUCUUCUUCUCGCAGCAGUUCUGCCUCCUGCUCGGCAGCUGCCUCGGGGGAGUCUUCAAGAGAACGUUGUCUCAGUCCCUGGUCGCCCUCUUUGCAUCGUCCCUCGCUAUCUCUGUUGUCUUCGCCAUCAUCCCUCUCUGCCACAAUGUGGUGGUGCUGGCUGUGGUCAUGGCCGUGGCAGGACUGGCCAUGGGAUGCAUCGACACCAUUUCCAACAUGCAGCUGGUGAAGAUCUACCAGAAGGACUCGGCCAUCUUCCUGCAGGCCCUUCACUUCUUUGUGGGGUUCGGGGCCCUGCUGAGCCCGCUGAUAGCUGACCCUUUCCUCUCGGACACCAACUGCAUCCUGUCAAACUCCACACUCAACGCCACCAGCAACCUCCCUCACAUCCGCAAGUCAUUGGUCCCCCACCAUCCCGGCAACCUGUCGCACUACGAGCUGCCGAUCAAAGGGAUGGUGGUGACACGUGUGUCCUAUGCUUUCUGGAUCAUGGCCCUGAUCAACCUACCAGUCCCAAUCGCGGUGUUCUUCCUGCUCUACAAGGAAAGGCUGGUGCCCUGUUUCAAUAACGGGAGACGCCCGCUGUUGUCUGCGGACGAACUGGCGAUGGAAACGCAGCCGGCCGAGGACAAUCAUUCCAUCGCGUUGCAGAGAGCCCCACCAGACAAAGGACAUGAUGACCUAUUUAGCUGCUGCCAAAGCAAAAACUUCAGAGGAGCUCCUUACUCCUACUUCGCAGUCCACGUCGCUGGGGCUCUUGUCCUCUUCAUGAGUGACGGGAUCAUAGGCGAGUACUCUGGGUUCGUAUACAGCUAUGCAGUGGAGGAACCUCUCUCUGUGGUUCACAAGGUGGCCGGCUACCUGCCUAGCUUAUUCUGGGGGUUCAUCACACUAGGCAGGCUCAUCUCCAUUCCUGUGUCCUACCGAAUGAAACCUGCAACCAUGGUGUCCAUAAACGUGGUUGGAGUGCUUGUAACUUUCCUCCUGCUCCUGAUUUUCUCCUACAGUGUUGUCUUCCUGUUUGUGGGCACAGCGUGCCUGGGUCUGUUCCUCAGCAGCACUUUCCCCAGCAUGCUGGCCUACACUGAGGACAUCCUCCAGUACAAAGGCUGUGCCACGACGGUGUUAGUGACUGGAGCUGCAAUUGGAGAGAUGGUGCUACAGUUACUGGUGGGGUCGAUUAUCCAUGAUCAGGGCAGCUACAGUUUCCUGGUUUGUGGGAUGAUCUUUGGAGGUUUGGCCUUUACGUUCUACACUUUCCUUUUGUUUUUCCACAGGAUGUACCCCAAGCCCUCAUCAGAGGUGGAUGCCUCCUCACCUGACAAGCCAGCAACAAUGGGUGACUCUGGACUUUAUCAGGGCUAAAAAGAAGGCAUAGUCCUGAACAAUGAGUUGUAUGUAUUUGCAAUAAACACAAAUCAUCAAGUGUUACUAGGAAGGAUGAUUUCACACUAAUUACAUGGUUAAAUUACUUGAGUUUUCUGCAAUCAAAAAUGUUAACUUUGAAAACCAGCCAAACAUCUUAAGUCCCCCUGGGAGGCUAAGUACAGCAAGCAGAAGUCGCUUGUCUGUUAUUCCACUAAGAUGAAUGUCAAACUGCAGAAUCCUGUUUCCUGGAAAUCUGCAACUUAUGACCACUUGGUGAAGAAAAAUUAUAAGCAAGCUUCCCUUUAGAGGAUAGGCUGGAAGUUGUAAGGCUAUUAAUGUUUCAUGUGUCACAUUUUGGGUAUCACCUGGUUUAGAGUUACUGUAACCAAUAGGUUUCUCUGUUGGUGUGUAAGCACAGGACCCAUUUGUAGCUGUGGUCCUGACAACCUACAGCACCAAUUCUAGCUUUCAAUAAAUACAGAACAACCCUCUGCAUAAUACUGUACUGCAAGAUGGGUUCAGAAUUUGUUUUCCAGCAACCAGACCUGUAAGAAUAUCUAAGCUUCAACUGUGCUCCCAAGGGGGAAAUCACAAUAUUAGCAGAAACCACCAGGAGCACUUUGAUAACAGGAUCUAUCUACAUUACACAGUAUCAGAUAUGUUUGUUGAAGCACAGCCUUAAUCAAUGGGCUCCAGCAUACUAAGUAAGUAUUUAAAUUAAUUAUAAAGCAGAGGAAAGAAUCAGUUGUGCUGGUUAAUUUUUGCUUAAGUCAUUGGUAAGCUGCAAAAGCAUCUGGUUCAAGUAGCAGUAUUUUAGGGAGGUUUGUAGUCUAGCUUCUAUCUGAAACCUUAAGCAGGUGCACCCAGACUCCACCUCCACCCAUUUAAUCUGUGCAAUAUCCACUACACAAGGUGCCUUCCAUGAGAUAAACUCUAGAGGUACUGUAUACCCCAUGAAUGAGCUGUUACAAGACAAUGCUAGCUUUCUGGCAAUACCUUGAGAGAGUCUGAACAGAUGUAGGCUUUAGUGUGAUUGUAUGUGGCUGUACAUAUGUAUGUGUGUAUAUAUAAAGCAAUGUUAAUUAAAAGUGAUUACUAUAUUCUCACUAGGCUCUGAGUGUAACUGUUACAGGACCCAAAUGAUUUGAACCAAACCCCUUCCGGCCAGACAACCUCUGAGGCUAAGAUUAGCACUGGCUCUCAAAUAAAAAUUGUAAUUGUUAUCUAGA